AUGGUGGAGGUGGGGCCGUCCAUUAUCAUUCAGGGGAUUUGCGGCGUCCUCGGCCUGCGGGACCGUUACUUAACUGUCAGAAUUGAGCAUCUCCCUCCUGUUGUUAUCGGGGACACGGUGACACUCAAGUGUAAUUUCCGGACGGAUGGCAACCUCCGAGAGAUCGUCUGGUUUCGGGUGUUGGACGACGGGACCGCUAAGCAUAAAAUCUUUACCUACGAUGCCAUGUACAACACCAACUACUCCAACAUGGAGGACACCCACCGACCGGAGGACCUGGUGUAUCAGUCCACCGUGCGGCUCCCUGAGGUGCAGAUGGAGGACGACGGCUUGUAUGAGUGUCAUGUGGGAAUCUACGACCGGAUGCUCAGAGACAAAGUUGUUCUGUCCUCCAGCAGCAUCUUCCUCUCCAUCAUCGCACCUCCAAAGUCCAUUUCAGUGGUGGCCGCCGAUAGUCCGGCUCCCUUCAGUCGCUAUGAGGCCCAAAACUUCACUCUGGUCUGCAUCGUCACGGGAGGCAAACCAGCUCCUCAGGUGUACUUCAAGCGGGACGGUGAACUUAUUGAAGUUGUGCCUUCGGGCCAGUCCUCCUCAUCAUUGGUGAACGAGAGUAAACUUCAGGGAACAGGAAGGAGCCAGGCCAAGGACAAAGGGGGUGUUCAAAGCUCCCAGCUUCUCAUCAGCCAAGACCCAGAUGAGACCAAACUGCAGAGGUCUCUGUCUUUGCUGGAGGAAGAGGGAAAGCUGCCUCAGCUGGGCAAGGAGGGCCCCACAAUGAAAGAGGAUGAAGAGCAAGGGUUCGAGCCGGACCCCAACCCGACCACGGAGGUCAUCCCCGAGACCGUGGUGAGCCGGGAGUUCCCUCGGUGGGUCCAGAGCACAGACCCACUCUAUUACUUCCAGCAUCAGCGAAAGGUUGCUCGUGACGGGACCAUGGAAGUGCGAGCCAUGCUGACCUGGAGCCUCAACCCCCAGCUGGACAACGAGGCGCUCUUCAGCUGUGUGGUCAAACACCCGGCCCUGUCCAUGCCCAUGCAGGCCGAGGUCACCCUGUCUGCUCCGAGGGGGCCGAAGCUGUCGAUGAGCCCUAACAAAGCCAAGGUCGGUGACACCGUCCGGAUUACAGUCCAGGGGUUCCAGCUCGGGUCAUCUGCAAAUGGGGUGUUUCCUGAACCCCUGUUCACCUGGACCAAGGUUGGUGGACAUCUACUGGAUGGCCGCGAGGCGCAUGACGGCAGAGAACUCAUACUGGAACGAGUUCCUGCCGAACUCAAUGGCUCCAUGUUCCGCUGCACGGCCCAGAAUCCUCUGGGCUCAACCGAUACCCACACACGUCUCAUUGUGUUUGAGAACCCAAGACUCAUGAAAGGAAAAGGAAAAGAACACUUGAUAGAUGAGGCGUGCUGUCUCAAGUCGCUGGGCCUGACCUCCAUCUUGCUCCGACUCACGCUGGUGUUAGAAGUGACGUGA